UGAGUGCGAGAGAAAGCCAGGUCCUUUUUUCACAGCAGAAAAUAGAAGGGUGGACCUCGGGAUAUCAGCAGAGAAAGAUCGGUCAAUAUGGGCUGGCGAUGUGCAGCCCCUGGGCUCAUCGUCGUAUUGGUCAAACUUACAGGGACGUCCCUCUUUCUUGCUUUUGUUCCACAGAUAUUCCCUGGAGGGAACUUCAGUUUUGCUCCUGAGGAGAAUUGCACAGUUCUACAGACCACUCAAAGCCUGCCUCAGAGACCCACUGCCCAUCCCUCGGAAGUCACAACUACAGCCAGAGUUCAGGUUCAACAGCUAAGGUGGGAAAGUUAUGGAGAGAAAAGUUACGGCUUUUCUGAAGAGAUGCUCGAAUGGAGCGCCAGCCGAAUGGAAUGCUUGGACCACAGCUCCGACCUAGUGAUCAUCAAGGACAGAAAAGAAAUGGAAUUUCUUCGUAAUAAAACAAGGGCUGCUGAUUAUUUCAUUGGAUUAGAAUAUUCAGUAGAAGGCAAUAAAUGGCUUUGGCUCGAUGGCACCGAAACCAAGGGGAACCUAUUUACUAUGAAGCCAAACAAGGUGGACAUAGACUGUGCAACACUCAGAGGAGGAGAAGUGAGUCCAACAUCAUGUCACCAGAGAAGCCACUGGAUCUGUGAAAAGAGGAAUGGGUAAUCUAGCAGAAGUCCAAAGCACCAACGGAACAGCAGAAGCGGCAUGGCCAUUUGUUCUUGAAUAUUAAAAAGAGGACAUCUUCUUGUGAUAUUGUCCAUAUUAUUAUUGUUGUUGCUGCUGCUGUUGUUAUUUAUAUGUCAUCAAUAAACACA